UACCCAAUUUCUCAGACUUAUCAUCCUACGAAAUAGACCAGGAAAGCCAAGGAAGCUUCAGAAGCUGCAACUUUGCAUCUUCCAUUUCAGGGUAGGUCAAUGUUGUAUGCAGCAUCUGCCCCAAGCUUUUGUGUAACCUAUCCAGGCAAACUGCAUUUUCCUCGUUACAUAACAAAGCAUUCAGUUGCAACAAGGUGCUCAGUUCCUUCUUCAGUGCCGGAAAACAACAAUGGAGCUAAAGUGGAAUAUACACCAUGGCUCUUAGUUGGCUUGGGUAACCCUGGAAAUAAAUACCAUGGCACUAGGCACAAUGUUGGAUUUGAAAUGGUUGACAGAAUUUCCAAGGCAGAAGGGGUUUUGAUGAACACAAUUCAAUCAAAAGCCUUGAUUGGAAUAGGCUCAAUAGGAGAAGUACCAAUUUUGUUGGCAAAGCCUCAAACAUACAUGAACUUUUGUGGGGAAUCGGUCGGACCACUUGCUGCAUACUAUAAAGUACCCUUGCGCCAUAUUUUACUAGUUUAUGAUGAGAUGAGCCUUCCAAAUGGUAUUUUAAGGCUCCAACCUAAAGCAGGACAUGGCCAUCACAAUGGAGUUAAGAAUGUAAUUGGGCAUUUGGAUGGCUCUCGUGCAUUUCCUCGACUUUGCAUCGGAAUUGGUAAUCCCCCUGGAAACAUGGACAUGAAAGCUUACCUUCUACAACGCUUCAGUUCAGUUGAGCGUAAACAGAUUGAUGAUGCAUUGGACCAAGGCGUUGAAGCUGUAAGAACCUUAGUUUUCAAUGGCUUCAAUCAGCAUGUCAAUAGAUUCAAUUUGGGGCAGAAGUAUAAGUACCACAAAGUUUAAAUUUUUUUUCCUCAAAUGUUUUAGCUGAAAUCAACUCUUCUAUCAAAUGCAUAACCAAUCAUUUUCAAGACAGAUGGCAUUGGCAUC